CCUCAUCGCCUGUCUUCAUUCCUCAUCGUCCUGUUCGAGCCUCGUCCUAGACGCAGAGAGUCUCUUUUACUUUUCACGAUCGAUCCACGCAUUUUCCUCCAAGCCUCUUUUUCUACGACCUCAUCUUUCUUCCGAUUGUUUGCUUGGAUUCAUACCAACAACCAAUCUUGUUUCCCGACCAAAACAAAAAUACAUACGCAUUCUUGUUCGUGCAUGAUCGACAUUGUUUGAAGCGUCGGUAGGGAAUUCGCAGAGCCUACGCUCGAAAACCAACCGCGGCGGGAACUGAAGAAAUUGGUCGUCACGCACACCGAUUUCUUUCGUUUCUUUAUCUCCGGCCUCUUCCAUCAUGCCGUCCUUCUACCCCAGGCACAGCGCCAACAGGCAGUUGCCCCUUACACCUCCCGAGUUCGUGCCAAGCUACCAGACUGGCUGCGGAGGAAUGCCCUACCAGCAGAAUGCAUUCUCCGCCCAGCCAGCCAUUCGACCUCAGGAUGAUGGUUAUGACUACGCCGAGCGUUACCAACAGCUCGCCAUGGCCAUGCCGCCAAUGUACCCCCAGGCCGGUACCUACUUGAGCAACCCUCCCCCGACUCUGCCACCAGCGAGCUCGUUCUACGAGUCUGUGGCCCAGACCAUUCUGCCUCCGAUGCGCAUGCAGCAUGGCCACGCGAUGGGUGGAGCCGCGAUGCAACAGCAGCAACGCAUGCACGACUUCAGCACUCGCCCUGCACAGCAGCCCAAGGAAGAGAAGCCAGUGGGUGGCGUGUCUGCAAAGUUGGACUACGACAUGGAUGUCAUGACCGACUUCGUGGUCGAGAUGGCCAUGCAGGUCAUCGUGCCUGGCCGUACGAUCCCGCCGCAGUCGUUCCGCAAAUGGGUACACCAGGUUCUAUGCGCGACGCGCUUGCCCUCGGCCACCAUCUUGCUAAGCAUGUUCUACUUGGCACACCGAAUGCCCAUGUUGGGUUCUCAGCCCAAGUCGGAUAGCCAGGUGUACCGCCUGCUCACCAUCUCUUUGGUUCUGGGCAGCAAGUUUUUGGAUGAUAACACCUUCAUCAACCGUUCCUGGGCAGACGUUAGUGGCAUUCCCGUCACCGACCUGAACAAGUUGGAGACCGAGUGGCUCGUGGCCAUCGAGUUCAAGUUGCACCGCGACCCUAGCGAGACCCAGGGAUGGCAGUCGUGGUCAGACCACUGGCAGGAGUACCAGGCCCAUGCCGCCGCGCGCUCCAACAGGUCCAGCAAGUUGAGCCCCAUCGAUACCUCGAUGCAUCGCCGCUCGAUGAACAAUGGCAACAACAACAUCAACAAGCCGCUGCCUCCUCUGCCCAUGCAGCAGAACUUCAGCGCGCCGCCACCCUACGAGUUCACUCCCAAGUCGGCACAGUCGCCAUACGGCAACCCCGGGUUCAGCCAGUAUGACCCCUGGCGAGCAGCCAGCGAGCAUUCCCCGUCCUCUGCCCCCACGACUGGCCCGACCACGCCAGAAUAUUAUGGCGCCCAUGGACCUUGGACUUCCAACGAAGGCUACUCUCGCCGAACCAUGUUCUUCCCGCCUAGCCAGCCACAGCAACACGCGUCGAACUACAACCCACCUGCGUAUGGUUCUCAGUAUCACACGCCUCCGUGGAACCACCACGGUUUGAACUGCGGCUGCAUGUACUGUGCACAGAGGCACCCCCCAUAUUUCAUGGCUCCUGGAUUCGGUCCUCAGGCUGUCGCUGUCUAAAGCUGUAAUUGCACCGAGCGCACGCGCCCCGUUCUGAUCGACCACAUACUGUCCGAUGCUUCAGAGCACGCAACCUAGGCCAUAUCCAUCACCUUUCCCUUUGUAACGACUACCUUCUCUGCGAUA